AUGUAUCGAUCUCAUUUUGCUACGGAUCUGGGGCGAUGGGAUGCAGGGGACUUCUUCGUCAGCGAUGGCCGGUCGGAUGCGCAGAGCAUGCGCAGCAGAUCCAGUUCCAGUUGCAGGCGUUUGGAAGAUGAGAGGUGUCGGCGUUCACAUCAUGUCAUCAGCGUGAGAGAUGGUAUGCAGCCAAGUUCCUCCUUCAGAGACCUUCGGCGCUCCCGAAGCACCGCCAUGUGCCGCCACCCGGCCCCGAGGCCGUGGUAUUCAUGGCAACCUCCUGCUGGGCAAUCCACCUUCGAACAUGACCGGCCUGGCACUGCCAGGCACUUCUUGGUGACGGGCGAUUUCACCGGCACCUGGCGGGAUGGUUUUCCUGGAGUUACCAUGGAUGGUUUUUAUCGAAAUAGCGGCUUCACCCGGCGCAACUUCUUCGACACAGCACGCCAGAGCCAUAUCCCAGACCUGCGACAGCUGGGUGCGACGUCACCCAACAGAGUGACACGCAUCAACUGA